UUUACUAAAAAACAAUAAAUAGAAAAAUAAACCCUAAUCUGCAGACUCGCCAGAUUCUCCCUCCUGAAGCACCGAGCGACGUUCUUCCUGCACCUCUUCUUCCAGAUUUGAUCGUGUUUGGUUCUUUGUUGGGUGCCUUCUCGUUUCAGCAUGGCAACAAGAUUGCAAUAUGAGAAUAACUGCGAAAUUGGAGUCUUCUCGAAGCUCACCAAUGCAUAUUGUCUGGUGGCAAUUGGGGGUUCUGAGAACUUUUACAGCACAUUUGAGGCUGAGUUGGCUGAUGUAAUUCCUGUGGUUAAAGCCUCCAUUGCUGGUACUAGAAUCAUUGGACGUCUCUGUGCUGGAAAUAAAAACGGAUUGCUUUUGCCUCACAAUACUACUGAUCAAGAACUACAACACUUGAGGAAUAGUCUACCAGAUUCUGUUGUGGUUCAGCGAAUUGAGGAAAGAUUGUCUGCUCUAGGAAACUGUAUUGCCUGCAAUGAUCAUGUGGCUCUUACACAUCCUGAUCUGGACAGGGAAACGGAGGAGAUGAUUGCUGAUGUUCUCGGGGUAGAAGUUUUCAGGCAGACAAUUGCUGGUAAUAUACUCGUGGGGAGCUUCUGUACCUUCUCCAAUCGAGGUGGCUUGGUUCACCCUCACACUUCUAUAGAGGAUCUAGAUGAACUUUCAACCCUCCUUCAGGUCCCUCUGGUGGCUGGGACUGUGAACCGUGGUAGUGAAGUGAUAGGUGCUGGCUUGACAGUCAACGACUGGACUGCAUUCUGUGGAUCAGAUACAACUGCUACUGAGUUGUCCGUAAUCGAGAGUGUUUUCAAGUUGAGAGAAGCUCAACCUAGUGCUCUUGUCGAUGAGAUGAGAAAGUCAUUGAUCGACAGUUACGUCUGAGUCCCCAAGUUUAGUCUACUAUGCAUAACAUGAAAGCUAAGAUUCUCUUGAGCAAAGCUUCUGCUCUGGUUUUAUAGUAGUUUCAGUGUUGAGGAAUUCUGUCCAUCAUGUUCUAUACAGAAGUACAUUCCAUAAGUCUAUUUUCACCCCAUCCGUUCUGCUUCUCAAGUUGUAUCAGUGAGACUUUUACAAUUCGUCUUUCCUUUUGGUUUCAAGCUCUGUAGCAUGGUGUUUUGGCAUUGAAGUCUUGCAAUGUGGCAAGUGUUGGGUUGACUCUCACAAACUUGAUAUUUAUGAAUCUGUAAUUUCCGAUAUAUAACAGAAGCAAGAGAUUUCUUGGUCAGAUGACAA